CCCAAACUUAUCACUGAUGGAAGCAGUUUUGUUUGGUUUUUUACCCCCUGUUAAAGGUAGCUCCAGCCAAGGUUUAGCCUCUUUUGGAGCAGAUUGGUUGGUGUUUUUGGGAAAAAAAUUAUUUCACCAAAUAAAAAAUGGCUCCGAUUAUCAGAAUUAG